UCCAGUCUCGAAAAUGUUACUCCGGGGCGAGUACCAAGUUUUUACUUUAGUAGAAUUCUACUAGAAAUAAUUUUGUGUUUAUCUCGGUGUCAUUUAAAUCUGUUUUCAGUUAGUAUCGAAACAAAGUUGUUUGCUACAAUAUUGCUCUUGCAGGAGUGUACGUGACGGUGGUAACAAUUAUAUUAAUUCUUGGGAAUGUUGGUGCCGUACUUCGGAAAUUCGAAACUCUGAAGACGACUGUUAAUAUCGGUGCAAUAUUUCCUCCGAACACGGUAGCGGAGGUAGCUUUCGCCUCGGCCCUGGCGCGAGCCUCCAUGGAGAGUGAACAUUACCAUUUUGUUAUGAAGGCGGUUUACUCACCGUACGAGGACAGCUUCGCGGCGUCUAAAGCAGCAUGUGAGCUGCUGUCCGGAGGCGUAAUCGCAGUAUUCGGACCCACUGACCCGGUGUCGGCGUCGGCAGUUGAGGCGCAUUGCCGAGCCGCCAGGGUACCUCACAUACAAGCAGUAUGGCGACCGCCACCGGCCCGAGGUGAACAGCAACCAAGUCCGCCUGGCAUCAACUUGUACCCCGAAGCCGUGGCGUUGUCGAAAGCAGUCGCACUCUUCAUUGACGACAGUGAUUGGAGAUCUUACACUUUGUUAUAUGAUGAUGAUCACGGUCUUAUAAGGUUACAAGAAGUACUAAAACACACCAACCCAGAAGUAAAAUGGCUCGUGCGAAGACUUGUACCUGGUGAAGAUAAUCGGCCAUUGUUGAAAUCUUUGAAAGGUACCGGUGAAACCAGAGUCAUCCUAGACUGUCCUGCAGACAGAGUGCUUGAAUAUCUACGGCAAGCCAACGAGGUCAAGUUUUUCGAAGACUAUAUGAGUUACGUUCUGAUGUCUUUAGAUGCACAUACCUUGGAUCUGGAAGAGUUGCGCUACGGAUUAUCAAACGUGACAUGUUUAAGGAUCUUUGAUCACUCGGAUUCAAGAACUAGGGCUUAUUUAGCAGACUGGAAAGUAAGAGGCUCUGACGACGUAAAGAUUCCACGACAAUCAUAUGAAAUCACAGUAGAAGCGGCACUUGCUAGUGAUGCUGCCAGAUUAAUAACAGAUGCUGUUGAAAAUGCUCCCGAAGAAUUCAAAUUAGAAGCUCAGGAAAUCAGUUGUGAUUCCGAGGACCAAUGGGAAAGCGGUGAAGAUUUUACAAAUCAUUUACUAACGAAUCCUAUUGUCGGUAUUACUAAUAAAAUUAAUUUAGACAACACUACGGGUGAGCGAAUGAAUUUUAGUGUCGAAAUUAUGGAAUUAUCGAACAGUGGAUUUAAUAGUAUAGCUAAGUGGAACCCAGAAGUUGGUUUUGAAUAUGGUCGAUCUGCGGAUGAAACAUCGGACCGCUUAGCAGAAAAGUGGCAGAACAAAACUUUCAAAGUUGUGUCCCGCAUUGGAGCUCCAUUCUUAGUUGAAGUAGUCCCCAAGGAAGGCGAAACGCUAACCGGCAACGAUCGAUAUGAAGGAUAUUCAAAAGACUUAAUACAUGAAAUAUUAAAAGAGUUACUACACUUGAACUAUGAAAUCGAAAUAGUGCCUGGUAAUGGUUACGGUUCAUAUAACAAAGAGACAAAGAAAUGGGAUGGUCUUGUGGGACAUCUUUUAGAAAGGAAAGCUGAUUUAGCAAUUUGUGAUUUAACCAUAACUUACGAGCGGAGAUCAUCUGUUGAUUUUACGACACCGUUCAUGACUUUAGGCAUAAGUAUUUUAUAUUUGAAACCCACUCCUCCCGAACCGGAGCUAUUUUCCUUUCUCAAGCCAUUCUCGGUUGAUGUAUGGAUCUAUAUGGCAGCGGCUUAUUUAAUGGUAUCGUUAUUGCUUCAUAUUUUAGCUAGAUUGGCGCCGAACGAUUGGGAGAAUCCACACCCUUGUGACAAAUCUCCUGAGGAAUUGGAAAAUAUUUGGCACAUUAAGAAUUCGUGCUGGCUAACAAUGGGCUCAAUUAUGACACAGGGUUCUGAUAUAUUGCCAAAAGGAUAUUCGACAAGAUGGGUGUGCGGAAUGUGGUGGUUUUUUGGCCUCAUAAUGUGUUCGUCGUACACUGCUAACCUGGCCGCUUUCCUGACUAAUGCUGCAAUGGACGACUCGAUCAAAAGUGCUGAAGACCUCGCUAUGCAAUCUAAAAUCAAAUAUGGAACCCUGAUUGGUGGAUCUACAUAUUCGUUUUUCAAGCGAUCUAAUGUAUCUAUAUACCAAAGAAUGUACGGAGCAAUGGAGUCGGCUCGGCCAUCUGUUUACGUCAAAAAUAACGACGAAGGUUUGGAGAGAGUGUUGAAAGGCAAAAGGGAUUAUGCAUACUUUAUGGAGUCAACGGCUAUAGAAUAUCAGUUGGAGAGACACUGUGAAUUGAUGCAAGUUGGAGGAUUACUCGAUUCUAAAGGCUAUGGUAUAGCUAUGCCAUUUGAUUCUUCGUACCGAACAGCUGUGGACAACGCAUUACUGAAAUUAGCCGAAAGUGGCAAACUGGUGGAGAUUAAAAAUAGGUGGUGGAAAGCGCCCCCGGAAAAAGCGUGUGUCACUGAAGAAGCGAGCGAAGAAGGAGCCGCCGGAGAAUUAGGAGUGGAGAAUGUAGGCGGUGUGUUCGUAGUACUGGGUACUGGAUGCGGUAUGGCCGCCGCAAUGGGUAUAUUUGAAUUCCUUUGGAACGUCAGAGAAGUCGCCGUCGAACAGAAGAUGACUCAAUCGGAAGCAUUCUGGGCGGAGUUAACAUUUGCACUAAGUUUCUGGGAGACUGAAAAGCCAGUGAAGCAUUCGCGUCCAUCAUCCAGUGCGUCAGAAUCUCAAGGUGCUUCGCGAGCGUCCUCCGUACUCCGGUCUGCGGCUGACCUGUUCCAUCUUGAUGUUUUUAAAUGAAACUGCUCAAAUAUUGUUAAAUAAUUUAAUUUUAAAUGACUAGUUUAUAUUGUGAAGACAUUUGUUACGAGCUUAUUUAUUGCUUAGAUAUUAAUAAUAAAUAUGGUUAUAAUAAUGAGGUUUGUUUAAUUGUUUACACGUGCGACUAUGUUAUUCAGAUAACAGCUGUUAUUACGAUCUCGAACACUAAUAACAAUGUAACUAACAGUUUCUAACAACAGGAAUU